UCUCUCACUAUCUCUCUCUUUCCCUCUCUCUUUAUCAGUCCCAGGCGAGCGCAGCAGCACCUGGCCGUCCGUGGCCGCGCAAAGUGGCUGUGUCUCCCGCUCUCUCUCUCCCUGACCCCCCUCCUCUCUCUCUCUCUCUCUCUCGCUCGCUCUCGCUCUCCCGCGCCGCCGCAGUCCUCAACACCGCCGCACUGAGCUCGAGCGAGGUUGUGCCCUUCCGUUCAGCGUUGUGAGAGAGACUGUUUAUUAUUACCAUAUGUUCACCUGAUAGCUUCUUGUGGGAAACGGGCGUAGAGGCAAUACAUUCGGAAAACAAGUGAGGCACCGGUUGCGCCUUUUCGGGGGGAGUGUGACUUAAUCAGGACUCAUCUCGUUUGAAUCUGCUUUGAGAGAUUGACUGAUUCACCAGAGAAGACAACUGUGUUUUUUCAUCUGUUUGGAAUUGACUGAACUAUUUCGUUACUUGUUCUUCAGCGAAAACCUGCAUCGCCAAGCAUGGGCGACGACCUCCACACACGACUGGGACACGACCCCAACUCGAACCUGAAGGAGGACCUGGAGGAGGACGACGAACAGCUGGAGGAACUGCUGUUUGCCGCCUACCGAGUCGCCUUGCCCUUGAUGAUCGUGGGCGGCAUCCUGGUGACGACCUUAAGUCUGGUGGUCCUUACGAGGCCGAGACUUAGAGCCACGCAUGUCAACACGUACUUCCUGCUGCUGGCGUCGGCGGACCUCGUGAUCUUCGUGGUGAGCGUCGCCACCGCCGUCACGCUCAACGGCUGCGAGCUCUACUCCUACGACUUCGCCCUCUACUUCGCCCACUUCUUCUUCACGCUCUUCUACAUUGUCCAGACGUUUAGCAUGUACGUCAUACUGUGGAUCUCCUACGACCGCUUCCUCGCCGUGUGGGACUUCAAGCGCUUCCACGAGAUCCAGAAGCCCGGCGUCCUGCGCGUGCGCCUCGUGGGCACGCUGCUGGUGGUCGUCCUGAUCCAUAUGAAGCACCUGUUCGAGGUCGAGAUCACCUGCGUGAACGAGGAGAACCAGGUUGUGGAGGCGCCGGGGCCCUGCAGCGACGGGGUGUGGGUCAUCAACGACGGCCUGCACUUCCUGUACCGCAAGGACCUGUGGCGCCAGGUGUUCUGGGUGUUGCGCGGGCUGCUGGUGCUCGUCAUCCCCAUCGUGCUGGUGGUGGUCCUCAACGGCGGCAUCGUGGUGGCACUCGUCUGCCGCCGCGCCAGCAACACGGCGGCGACGGCCAGGACGCGCGGCCGCGACCUCUCCCGCAUCUACACCAUCCUCGCCAUCUCCGCCACCUUCAUCGCCUGCACCGUGCCGUCGCUCGUGCACGCCACCUUUUACGCCGAGAACAUCGUUCGCUGCCACGGUCCCUACGGGGAGGAGGUCCUCCGCGCCGUCGCCAACUUUCUGCUGCUGUUCGAGCACGUCACGCACUUCGUCAUCUUGUCCUUCUGCGAGCUCUUCUGGGCGGAGCUGAAGCGCGUCCUUCGGGGCAUCCGCCACAGUCUGAAGAGCGGCGCGCACAAGGUCGCAUCCGGCCCCUCUCGCUGGCUCGCUCCCGAGGCGACCGCGGGGCCCCCCUCACCGCCUCCUUCCGUCCCUCCGCGGCCGGACUCGGUCGUCUCUGGCUCGGUCUUCAUCAUAUCGCAGCCGGAAGUCACAAUCAACGUCCAGGGUCCCGCGGCGGACGACGAGGCUCACUCUCCUGCCGGCGGCGACGUGGCCAAGCUGCAGGACUUGCCGCAGACGACCUCCUCGCUCGCCACGCUGAAGCUGCCUCCAGGGAAGUCCCCCACGGCCUCCAUGGUCACUCUAGAGGAAGAUCUCUGAAGCGUGUUUUACCUCCUAACAAGUAAUAUUGCUCAAACAUUACCAUCUAAUAUUUCAGUGUAAAUCUAUCAUGACAUAAAAAAUCGUGAUAUUCCGGUACUUUUUCCAUUUACUUCUGAGAAGUAUUUAUGAUCUGAGAGUGCUAAAUUAUUUUAGCAUCAGGUAUUUCUGUACGCUCCUACCUAUGUGCCAUUUCAUCAUAGACCUUGUCGACGGCAGUAGAUUAGCGGAUCUACACAUUUUACGUUGGAAUGGGAAAGGGGAGCGAGAGAGAUUGUAAUGGGGCCUUAGGGGGAAAUUAUAUAAAGCUUAAAUUAUAUGCAUCAGG